CAAAUAAAUAGUAAAAAACCAUUAUCUUGAUAUUUCAUUUCUACUUCACUCGGAGUCGAGAAAUGGAUAAAUCGGUAGACUUGCAGCACUACUAUCUGGAGCUGUCCCCGGAGCCGGUGCGAUUCGAAGCCGUCAGUCCGCUAACGAAUGUUUUCUUCGAUGAUGCAAAACAGCAGGUUUUUGCCGUCCGCUCCGGUGGAGCUACCGGGAUUGUGGUGAAGAGCGCCAACGAUACACAGAAUAUCUCGUUUUGCAUGGAGGAUCGUGGAACGAUUCAAUCGAUCAAGUUCUCCGCCGACAAUCAGGUGCUGGCCGUUCAGCGGAAUGAUACCACGGUUGAGUUUGUUCCGUUCAAUGCGAACAACCAGCCGAACGUGCAGGAAAUGUUGACUCACCAGGGAAAGAACGUUAUCUACGGGUUUGUCUGGGUACAGGAGCGACAAGUCGCAUUGAUUUCCAAAGCAGGAGUGGAGAUUUUCCAAUUAAAUUUCGAGAAACGUACCCUUAAAUCGAUUAAAUCGUUGAACCUCACGGUUAAUUGGUUCAGUUUUUGUCCAACGUCUAGCUUUGCUUUGUUGUCUUCGAAUAAUGGAACGAUUCUGACUCCGGUAAUUCUGAAGGCUUCCACUAUCACUAAACUGCCCCGACUGGAAUUGGGAGCUGGUGAGGGUUGCUUGGGACGGAACGUUACACUAGCUCAGUUGUACGGCACGAACGCGAUUAUGAUUUUGAAAGAGCUGCGAAAUCAUCAGUUCGAGGUGGUGAUUUACCUGCUAAAUGGGCCUGGUUUAGCGCCGAGAGAGCGGCACAUUUUACGGUUGGGACAGAAUGGUCGCUUUGCGAUGAAUAUUGUCGACGAUGUGGUGGUGGUGCACCAUCAGGCCACAGCCACGUCGAUGCUGUUCGAUGUUGCCCUGGGCGGAGCGGAAACGAAGGCAUCGGGUGUCAUCGUCCAUCAGCCGAUCAUUCCUGCCAAGACGAUUAAACCGUACACGCUUGAAGUGCCGAGCAUGUCGUUGGACGGGAAAACUAUCAACUGCGAUCUUUACUCCCAGUACUGGGUUUUGUUUCAGCCAAAUAUUGUUAUCGACGCAAAAUUGGGCUGUCUGUGGCACGUUCUCGUUAAGCUCAACUCACUGUGCGCUAUGAUAACGGAUCGUUUUCGCUUGGUAGAAUUUCUGUUGCAAAGAACAGAAGGAAAACCGGUUCUGCUGAACGUUCUGAAGGAAAUGAUGACCGUCAACUAUAGUGGAACCAUGCUUCCGGUGAUUGAAAGUAUCUUCAACAAGCUUAACGGUCUUUAUAAGGGCGUUCUGGAUAGCGAACUUCAAAGUCAGAUGGCUUUGAUGGCACUUUCCACCAAAACACAACCGUCGAAAUCGGCUCCAGCACCGCGUGUCAUCAUCGAUCAAUCCGACAUCUACACCGGAGUGUUCUCCGCAAUAACCGAAACCGAACAGUUGGGAAAAAUUCUUCUGCUCUAUCUUCAUUCUUUGGCUCGCAACGGCAUAACUGCCAAUCCCGAACUGAGCAAGCAAAUCGUAAUCGACCUGGUCCGUAACAAACAGUUCGACACCCUUCAGCAGCUUCUCAAAUACUCGGCCCUGAACGAAUCUAAACCAUUAGCUUGCUUUUUGCUUUCCCUAUCCAACUCGGAUCCAUCCAUCUCGCAGAUGGCUCUAGAUAUGCUAGCUCGGCUGAAUGCUAACGAAAUCAUCCUGGAAGUACUACUGGAGAAAGGUCAAGUUGUGGAGGCGCUGCGUAUCGCGAAACAAAUGCCCGGAGCGGAUUCUCUUCCGGCCAGAAAGUACCUGGAAGCCGCCUUUAAAACCAAGGACCCACUGGUAUUUCAUUCAGUGUAUAACUUUUUCCAGGCUAAAAACGUGAGACUGCGCGGAUCGCCCGACUUUCUGAAACAUGAGCAAUGCACCGAAUAUGUGCAGCACUAUCAGACGUUGAUUAGCACGCAGUGCCUGUAAGUAAGUCUGUUUAAUUCCAUUCGUAUACUAAG